AUGAAUGAAUUAUCAUUCAAAUUUGAUGUAGAACCCAAUGGUUAUAUUACAAAUUUUACUUUUACUGAACUUAUGAAAAGGAAUAUAAGCAGUGAACAUUUAUAUUCUUGGUUUGCACCAAUUGAUUCUAUCGAAAAUUAUCAAUUAUAUUUGAAUAAACUCUCAUCAAUAUCAAAUAAUGAAAUAAACAAUGAUAUUUUUUACCAUUGUGCAAAAGGAAGAUUUGGGUUAAUGUGUCAAUAUGAAAUAGAUGAUGAUUAUUUACAUAAUAAUAUGUUCGAUUAUUUGAUAGAUUUUUAUCGAGAUGAAAAACCUUUCUCAGAAUCAUUAACUUGUUAUAUGUUUAUCCAAUGUGAUCGUCAUUCAUCGAAAUAUUGUUUGGAUUGGUCAGAAAUUUGCGAUGGAAAAGUAGAUUGUUUCAAUGGUCCAUUUGAUGAAGAACAUUGUUCACAAAUAGAUAUAAACAAUCCAAUUUAUAAACCAAUAGAAACAAAAUAUGUUAUUAAUGAAAAUAUACAACAUCUACCAAUUCUUUUAGUUGAAGAUGUCAAAUGUCGAGAUUUACCAUUAACAUCAUCUUGUAUUCCAGGACGACAAGAACGAUUAUUGAAAGCGAUAUUAUCUAUUAAUGAUCAUUCUACAUCAUUGAAUUGUUCAUUAGCAUUCAAAUGUAUCCUUCCAUUAUCAAAUGAUCUAUCUUCAAUUUGUAAUCGUUUCUGUGGGAUACAUGAAUGUCUACAGCUAAUUGAAAAUUAUUGUCCAGAUAUGUUUUAUAUGCCAUCUAUUCCAAUUCUAUUUAAUAAUAUUUAUUUUGCUUAUGAAAAAACGGAUUCAAUUGAAUUUAAUAAUAAAAAUUUUCAAGAUCCUUAUAUUUGUUAUAGUAAUUCAAUUUAUGAUAACUAUUUUAUCAAUGAUUCAAUGAAAUACUUUAAUGGUACAAAAUGUUAUCGUAGAAAUAUUCCAUUUUCUUCUUCUAAUCAAAAGCAUGUAUUCGAUAUUGCAUACAUACAAUCAAUAUACAAUAUAUUUAAAUAUUACAAUUUACGUUUAAGUUCAACUAUUAAAUCUUUAGAAUUUCAACAUUAUCCUUUACUCGAUUGUUCCUAUGAUAAUAGACUUUCAAGUACAAAUGAUUUAUUUCCACAUGAUGGCGAAUAUAUAUAUUAUUUAUGUAAAAAUGAUGAGAAUGAUUAUCAUCAACUAACUAAACAUCGUAUUUUAUUUCAAUUAAUUUGUAAUCGACUUAUUGAAUUAUCACCAAAAUUAAUUAAUGGACAAAAUGAAACUGAUGAAACUGANACUUAUUCAAGCAAUGCUUACUUUUGUUGUAUUUGUAUUACCAUCGAAAUUGUAUAG